AUGGGUUCAGUGUUAAGUUGUUGUAACAAAGGAAGUUCCGAAGAAGAAGAUUCUUUAUUAAGAGCACAACAAGCUGGUUAUGGUUCCAACAUCAAUGAUGGAGAUACUGAUUCGUAUACAGCAGAACAACAAAGACUUCAGGACGAAGAACGUAUAGCACAAACAAGAGAAAAUCAAUUGAGAGAGAUUGUUAACUCAACAAAUGACAAGAUGAUAGAUAUAUCAAUGAUUACAAAUAGUGGCAUUGUGAUACAGAGUAAUGAUCUGGUUGAUCAUGUGAGAAAAUUUACAGAUGAGAGGUCUGAGACAGGAGACAGUAAUGACAACUAUUUAGCACCUGUUAGUUCAAACUUAGCAGCUAUUAUGAGCAAUAGCGCUAGUCUUCAUAACAACAACAACCACAAUAAUAAUAAUAAUAUUAAUAAUAAUUAUAAUAACCACACUACACAAAGUAGUACACAUAGUAGAUUGCUGGACGAUCAAAUACUGGAUGAUAUAUUGCAUACGGGGGGAGCAACCUUAUCAGCAAAGGCUGUUUUUACACCAUUAGACACUAAAAUUCAGAUGACAAAAGAGAAUAAGAAUAAUUUGAAAGAUACACAUCAACAGAUAAAGAAAUCAUUGGAAGAACAACUGAAAGUUGAACCAUUGGGUAGUCUAUUAAUGACUUUCUAA